CCCUUGGGGGGGGAAGGAGGCUCUGGCUCCCCACAGGAGGUUGUGUUGUGUACCAGACUGUAACCUGAGGCACUGGAGCUAUGAGAACGGAGAUAGCCCGCAGGAGAGGCAGCAUGUGAGUGCUGCACCCACAUGACCGUGCUGGCUUCCUCCAGCAGAGCAGCUGAGCCACUGCUGCAGAAAGACUGAACUUGGGGGAGGGGGAGCGAGGAGGCUCGUCCUGACAGCUGAAGGAAGGAAAAAGCUGAGAAGAAGGAAGAGGAGUGAGAGGGAGAGAGCCAGGCAGUGUGGAGACAGAGGCCAGCCAGGUCCAGCUGUACUAGGAGCAGGACAGAGGAACCGUCUGGGAGGCAACUCUUCCCUGUACAGCCUAGCAGAUGGGUACUGCCUCUCGUGCCCCACAGGACAUUGUUCACUCCCUCUUCUGUGUGGCAAACCCACUGGAAUGAUCUGAGAUGAAGUGUGCCCCAGUGAUCUGGACUACUCAGCAACCUUCAGCCCCAGUCAGCUCUGCAUGGACCCAGCUACGUGGGGAGUGUUUUUCUGCUCUGGACUGUAUUGGUCCAUCUGGGCAUGCAGACCCAAGGCUGUGCCACCUAAUGAGUGGAACAGAAGAGUCAGAGACCACAAGUAGGACAGACAGAUUUGUGGCUAGUACAGCUCUCUUCUGAUCUUCAGUCUUGCACUUACCCAAGGAUAAGGGUCCUUCUCAUCCGACAGAUACUCGCUUCCUCUCUACUGAACUAUACUGAACAUCUUGAUCUGACAGGUGGGCCUGAUCUGCUGUCCCAGAGCCUCUAUGUCAGCAGAAUCCUGAUGUUUGGCUUGAUUUGGGGGACACCUUGCAGCCAGGCCUGGCUGGCUUAGAGGAUGACAGCAGCAAGUUGGUAUCAUCGGGACAUCAGCCGGGUUGUGGCUGAGGAUUUGCUGGCCAAAGCUGGAAAGGAUGGGUGCUUCCUGGUGCGGGACAGCGAGUCUGUGUCUGGGGCAUAUGCCCUUUGCCUGCUGUUCCAGAGACAUGUGCACACCUACAGGAUCCUGCCUGAUGAGGAAGGGCUGCUCUCUGUGCAGACCAUCCAGGGCAUCCAGGCUAAAUGCUUCCGCACACUGACUGAUCUAAUAAGCACCUACCAGCAGCCCAACAAUGGCCUGGUGACCCCUCUGCUUUACCCUGUGAAUAGAGUGAGGGAGCCAGCAGAUGAGGACUCUGAUGGUGAAGACGGCAGAGCCUUCUAUCCUCCAAGCUUGGCCUCCCACAGUGGGGCAGGCACAGGCAGCGGGUGGGCCACAACUCAGCCCAACAAGAUGCAGAUCUCUCAGCAGCUGCAUCUGAGGCUGCAGGAGCAGGUGCACAGCAGCCCAGCCAGUGAUUUCAUGGGGUUCAUGGCUGAGUAUCUCAACCACCACCUGCAGCUGGACCUGGAGGCCCUGCGGAAUGGGAACCUGCAGCUGCGACACCUGAGCAUGGCCUUAGUGACUGCCUGCCGGGGGCUACACAGUGAAAUCGACUUCACGCUGGCUGGCUUAGAAACUCUGGCCAAGGUGUUUGACUCUCCAGCUUCUCCUCGGAGUCCUGUGAGAGAGCAGGGUCUCCUGGCCAGUGAUCCAGACCUGGAACUGCUUCUCAGCAAGAUCUCAACUGUCAACCACCUGCUUUCUUCUCUGGAGAAAAAGGUGCUGAAGUCUCUGCAGGAGACAGUGUCCAGGCACAAUCUGGCACUUCCCAGCAUGGCUGUAGCCCAGACCCAGUCCCCAGCUGCCAAGCCCAUGGCUGUCCAGAGCUUUGAGGUUAAAGUGGGCAAACUGCAGAAGGCGACACUGACAGUGGAUGUAGAGGCUGGGACUGUGGCCAUCAUGAAGAGAGGCAGCAGCUCUCCAGAGGAGACCAUCACUCAGGACAAAAUCUUGCAGCUGAUUAAAUACCAGAGCAUGCAGACCAAAGUGCGGCUGGUGUACGACAGGGAGCAGCACCGAAACCUCAUCAGGGACUUCCUCUUCCAGAAUGCACGGAAGCGAGAGGCUUUCUGCCAACUGCUGCAGCUCAUGAAGAUCCAGCAUUCCAGCCUGGAUGAGCCUGACCUCAUUUCUGUGUAUGUUGGGACAUGGAACAUGGGCAGUGCUCCACCCCCCAGAUCCUUGGCUUCAUGGCUGACAUCAAGGGGCUUGGGACGGACUCACGAUGAAACCACAGCUUGCAUCCCUCAUGAUAUCUAUGUUAUUGGCACCCAGGAGAACUCACUUGGGGACCGUGAAUGGGUGGAGUUCCUGAGAGCCUCUCUGAAGACUUUGAUGGCCAUAGAUUUCCGAGUGGUUGCCUUGCAGUGCCUCUGGAGCAUCAAGAUUGUGGUGCUGGUGAAACCAGAGCAUGAACGCCGCAUUAGCCACGUGAACACAUCUAGUGUGAAAACAGGAAUCGCAAAUACGCUAGGUAAUAAAGGGGCUGUGGGUGUCUCCUUCCUUUUCAAUGGGACCUCAUUUGGGUUUGUGAACUGCCACCUGGCUUCAGGGAGUGAAAAGAUACACAGGCGAAACCAGAACUACAGUGACAUUCUACGCUCGCUGGUUCUGGGUGACAAGAGGCUUAGUGGCUUCGACCUCACCCUGCGCUUCACACACCUCUUCUGGUUUGGAGAUCUCAACUACCGACUCAGCAUGGAUGUCCAGGACAUCUUAGCCCGUGUGAACAAAAAGGAGUUUGAAACCCUGCUGGUUGUGGACCAGCUCAAUCUGGAGCGAGAGAAGAGCAAGGUGUUCCUGCGAUUUAAUGAGGCAGACAUCUCCUUCCCUCCUACAUACCGAUAUGAGCGGGGCUCCCGGGACACCUAUGUCUGGCAGAAGUUCAAACACACUGGGAUGAGAAUCAAUGUCCCUUCAUGGUGCGACCGCAUCCUGUGGAAGUCACAACCAGAGACCCAUGUGAUCUGUAAUGCAUACGGCUGCACCAAUGACAUCAUGACCAGUGACCACUCUCCUGUCUUUGCCACAUUUGAGGUGGGAGUGAUGUCUCAGUUCGUGCCCAAGAAGGCACCUGGCUCCAGCCCUGAGUCUCUGGCAUGCAUUGAGUGGGACAGCAUUGAGGUGAUUGUGAAAACAGCCAGCCGCAGCAGGUGCUACAUUGAAUUCUACUCCUCCUGCCUGGAAGAGUCUCAGAGGAGUGGAGAGAACAGCUCCCAAAACAGUGACAUCCCUGGCUUUCUCAAACUCAGUUGGUCAGCUAAGCAACUGCCAGUGCUGAAUCCAAUCCUUUCGGACCUGGAGUACCUGCUGGACCAGCACCUGCUCCUCAGUGUCAAGGGAGUGGACGGCUGUGAGUCAUACGGUGAGUGCUGCAUUGCCAUGAGGUCUAUGAUCAGCAGCCUGGCCCAGCAGUUUGAGACUUUCCUCUACCAUCGGGGUGAAGAAACAGGUUCCAUGCGUGGCUGGAUGAAAGUCCGAGUUCCCAAGGACAGACGCAGCACUCGGGAGAGGCUCUAUGAGUGGAUCAGCUUUGAGACAGAUGCAACAGAGUCCCCUGAAGACACCUCACCCUGCACCAAGCCAUCUCAGCACUCUGUCAGGAGCCGGCCCUUCAGCUUCCCUGAGACAGCCAGUAGUUACACCAAUCCAGCUUACUUCAUAUUUGAGGGAGUCCCUAAUACCUGGACACUGGGUACAAACCUGCCGGAGCCUCCCUACAGUUCAGCCAGUGAUGUGCAGGAAGAAGCAUGCCUGGGCCAUGUGCCAGGCCACAGGCUCCGAAGCCUGGCAGGAGAACAGACCUGCUCCUCAGGAGAACCGCUGCAGAGAAGCCCCCAUUACUCUGUGCCUGUGAGCACGUCAUAUGGGCAUCAGCUCAGCCCUCUUCAGUCUGGAAGGCACAAGAGGCCCAAAUCAGCUCUGCUGCUGAGAGACAUGCCAGCAUCGAGUGACUGUUCCCUCACAGCCUUGCAUUUGGCCAAGCACCUCAGUGACCUGGACACAGAGCCUCACAAGAGGGGAAGCUGCUUGGGCACCAGCCAGCUGAAGAGCCGGAAGAACCCAUUGCGCCAUACACGCAGUGCACUGGAGCCUCCACCACAGGACUUCCAGGAGGGGACAGUCUUCCUGCAGAGUAGUCACCAGCUCAGCCAUGACCUAGAGAGACACCGUCGUACAGGGCCUGUUGGCAGCCGCAGUGCUGAACCCCACUCGCCGCGUGCUCCUCAAAGUCAAGCUUCACAAGAGCAACUGUGAAGGCCUGCAACAGAGACCCAGCCUGAAACUGAACUCCAAGGGCUGCAUUAAGUCUGGCAUUCACUCACCUAGAAGUCCUUGUACUCCUCAGGGAAAUGGCUGGGAGCAUGUGGAGAGGAACUAUGGAAGACAUUGUGUCCCAGACAGUGGCAGUGGGCCAGGACUGGAGAUCACUGAGCUAAGAGCCUCUGGAUUUGAACCAUUCCCUUUGCUGGCUUCUUUUGCCAUCUUCGCUGUCACACUGAUUUCAUCUUGUCGCAUGGUGGCAAUUACAGGAAGUUCCCUGUGCAUCUGACUGAGGCUGUACCAAAGCAGGGAGUAGCCUCGUGUCUAGCCACAAUCCCAAACUCUUCUGCCUCACACUAUGGAGAGGGGAUGGGAUUUCAGAGAGGCCAAAACUUAUAGGCAAGCUCCAGUUGAGAUUCUGGCACUCUCUCAAGCAAUUUUCUUCCCUCCCUGUCUGAACCAUAGAAAGUUCCCAGCCUCUUCUUAAAGGACUGUUAGGUCUCAACCCUAAUGCUGAGCCCAGUGCUCUAGCUACACUCAGUCCAGCACAGCAUGAGUUGGGGGAGGUGAGAACCACAGGGUUCAUGUGCCUCAGCCACAAUAGAGCUCUUGUGGUCUCCAGUUUCCAAUGCUGCAGUACCAUGGUGCUUUGCAGUUAGUUGACACAGUCUUGGUUUCUCAAGGGUUUCAGCUGCAACAUCUUAUGUUGAGCGGGUACCCAGCACUGUAGCAUCCUGGCACCUCUCAGCUCUGCCUUGUGGAGAAUGCCCUGGCUAAACCCAAUGGAGUCCAGGCUCCUCCUAUCCUGGAGCACACCUAAUCCUUUCAUGAGAGCCCAGACAGCAUCUCAGAGCUUGCAGGGCACUCCCUACCAUCUUCCCCUCAAGUGUCUUACUCUGCCCUAUGGGGGUGCUCACUGUGUUUAGUUACAGUUUACAUGUGAUUUUUCUAAAGGCUCCAUGUUGCUGGUUUCUUAUGAGAUGCAGUUUCUAUGUCAAUUAACAAUAAAACCCCAAAGCUAUGAGGAAGCUCCA